AACUAUGCAUGGAGAUAGCUCUCGUAAUGUUAUUCUGUGUUUCAACUAAAUCGUUUACCUCGCAUAGCUGUCGCAAAUUGUUAAGAUGAAUUCAUUCAACACUCGCCAAUUUACCCACUCGGAGUUCGCGUUCAAUACGCUCUCGAACACAGCCCGUGAAAUGCGCGCCAAUCGCUUGGCCACCGAUCUGUUGCGCCACGAGGAGCACAUCAGUCGGAAUCUGUCCGAACGUCGUUCGCCCACCUACGGGGAGUUCAGAAAGCUGGUCCGUGACGUUCAUGGCCAGAGCAGCGUGGCGAUACAGGCACGGCAAGUCAAUGUCUAUGAGAGCUUCAAAAAUCUGCACCGCAGGCGAAUGGAUCGGAAUAUAUUGAAAAACAUCAAGUCGUCAAUAAUUACGAAACUGAGAGUCAAUAACAACACCAAUUCGUUGGACUUCAAGAGCAUGUACGGAGGACUGGCGCUGAAGCGAGAUUUAUUACGCAACAAUCUCACCCUGCUAUGCCGCAUGAACGGCAUUUAUAGGGUAAAGGGCUGUGUGGAUAGUUUCACGCAUGAGCCCCUUUUGCCCUCAGCAAAUAAUUUGAAGCUCAAGCAGGAUGCAGUUGUGCUAAUCAAUGCGAAUACUCGUUUGGGCUGCCGGCUGCUUAACGCUAAAUCCAAAGUUGAUACGUUCAAUCCCUGGCGCCCAGCCUCGACCCCUGAACAUCCACCCGUUAACAAUAAAUUAGUACAGAAAUAUAGCAGCUAUAUGCCAAUACCAUUGGACACGAUACCCAGACAGUCGCCCAUACAGCUGCUGCGUCCGAUUAUCUACUAUGAUCUGGCGGUGCGUCCGCAACAGUUCUUAGGUCGCAUUUGCAUUCAGCUCUACACAGAGGUCAGUCCGGAAGUUGUGCUGGAAUUUGUGCGCCUGGCCACCGAGAACGAUGUCCAGGCACACAAAUUCACGCGCAUCUUUUCCGACCUAUGGCUGGAGGGUCAACUGAUGCCAUCAUCGAAAGAUGCUCUCAAGGACCAUCAUGAUCACCCCUCGCCGCUGGACGCGAGCCGACGGAAGGGCGUGCUCUCCUAUUCGUGGAAUCAUCGCCAGCGUUUCCCCAACGGCCUGCUCGUCUAUACGAUUAGCUUUAAGACGCUGGCGGUGAAACCACUAAAUCGGGUUUGUUUCGGUGUUGUUAUGAAGGGCUUGCGACUGCUGGAAAUCUGUCGAGACUUUGGCACACAUCGUGGCACACCCAAGAAGCGCCUCGAGAUAGUCAAAUGCGGAUUGCUCACCUGACUUCAGAGCGGGGCGUUCGAGCUUUUAUCAGGGUUUCCUGCACCAAAUUUUACUCCAAAAACAUAAAAAUUAUAAAGUAUACGCCUGCAUUGCGUUAUCGAGUGGGCGUGGCCGACCACCUCUCAUGUGUGUGUGUGUGGGCGCGAAAAUGUUUCAGAGAUAAGCGCGCCAGGCAUUUUACUGUCACUGCGACGCAAAAGCAGCCACAAAACAAAAAAAAAAUAAGCGCGCAACACGAUUUGCACUUUCGCACGGCUGCAGGAGGCGCAGGCGGGCAUAAACGCCUGGAGGCCAGCACAGUCAUGGUCCAAACAAUAUAAUCUAUUUCCGUGCCGGCACUCGACGUUCUUGUUUUUGUUUUUCCUUUUUUUGUGCACCAUGCAGAUAAUGCAGCAAGGACAAUGCCACACCGACAACACACAAACGGACGACCAACAAAAAAAAAAAAAAAUAAAAAAAUUGC